UUCAAGUAACAAUGCAUUGAUUACAUUCGAGCAGAAGAACAUGUGCAAAUAUAUUCAUGUGCAGUGCAAUGGUGCAAUCUGAAAAAGAGUGAAAACAUAGAAAAUUUGGAUCAUUGGUAUGGAGAAAACAGAUGCGAUGAAUGUCGACACUUGUAGUCAAAUUCAAGUGAAUUUCUUUACGAAACAUAAAAAAUAUGUUGUACCACAAACACCGUUUUCUAUCCCAGUAACGGCUAACUGCUCUGAUCUUUCCUCUUUGAUAAACAGUCUGUUACAUCAAGAGAACAUUCUGUAUGAAGAUAAACAAAUUGAGUUUGAUUUCCUUAUUGGUGGACGAUAUGUUAAAGAAACUUUAGAAAAGCAUAUUUCAGCCCAAGAUGUGGAAACGGAAAAUAUAGUUGAAAUUGAAUACAUUGAAAAACAAGCUUCUCCUUGGCCUGAAAAAAUGAUACUGCAAAAUGAUUGGAUCAGCUCAGUUGCUGUGUCAGAUGAUUGUAUUCUAUCGGGAAGCUAUGAUAACAUGGUUUAUUUAUGGGAUUUCAAAGGAAAUUGUCUGAACUCUAUAAAUGAGCAUGCACAGGCGAUCAAAGCUGUUGCAUGGAUUCGGAAAGAAAAAGAAAAAGCAUAUUUUGUUUCAUCGUCUCUUGAUCAAACUAUAAAAAUUUGCGAGUGUCCAUUAGAUAAAGGUCGUUCAUCUUGUAUUUACGUAUGUAAAGGUCAUACAAAAAGCGUUGACUGUCUAGCACUUCAUUCCAACCAAAUGAAGUUUUGCAGUGGAUCUUGGGAUAAAACGUUAAAAAUAUGGUCCGCUGACUUGCUGCCAACUCAUGAUCUGGAUGACAAUGAAGGCACUAAAAAGAAGUCAAAGACUGAAUUGGGACACAAAAGAAACAUAACCAGGACGCCUUUGAUGACAAUGACUGGACAUACAGAGGCAGUAUCCUCAGUUUUGUGGUCGGAGGAGAGCGAAAUACUUAGUUGUAGCUGGGACCAUACGAUCCGUGUCUGGGAUGCCAACUCCGGCAUUAACAAACAUACUUUGACUGGAGGAAAAGCUUUCAAUUGCAUUUCUUAUUCAGCUCACUCAAAGUUAAUUGCAUCAGGAGGAGCAGAUAGACAUGUAAGAUUGUGGGACCACAGGAUACGAGAUGGUGCUGUAUUUCAGAAGGCUUUGACGUCACACGAUGGUUGGAUUUCUUGUUUAUAUUGGUCGCCAAACAAUCAACACAUGCUUAUCUCCGGCUCUUAUGAUAAAAUGUUGUUAUUAUGGGAUACCAGAAGCCCAACAACACCUUUGCAUAAACUCCGAGGACACAAUGAUAAAGUUAUGUGCGUUGAUUGGACGAUAGAAGAGUUUGUCGUCAGUGGUGGAGCUGAUAAUCAAAUAAUAAUACAUCGUGUUUUUGGAAAGGACGACGGAGCAACUGACGACUCUAGUUGAUUUCUAAAAGUAUCGCACGGAACCAUUCUUGUUGUGUACGGUCAAAAUGGAUUAUGGUUGUUGAUAACGUUCAUUUUUCUUUUGCUUCAACUGUACGUAAAGAAAGCACUUCAUCUGACGAUUUUUGAUGGGCACAAAUUGAGGUUUAACACCGCCGUUCAAUCUGACAUCGACAAUAAAAGUCUUAGCUAAGUAUCCGGUGAUGAAUGUACGAGGGGUUUCGUAACUGGGUCAGUAGCAAGAUUAGUAUUGACUGGUUGUCUUUGUUUUAUUGAGCAACUUUUUGUACAGACAUACUUGAAACAAGUUAUAGUUUUAAGGAAUCAUAUGUGCCAAACAUUUAUGUACAAUUUGUUGAUUCAUACGAGAUAGAUAGAAUCAAAAACUUUAUUUAUAUAUACUACUGUAACACUAUGUCAAUCACAGCUGAUUAUCAUGAACAGGGUUUGUAGAACUAAUCUGGAAGUUAAUUACAAAUUUUUUAUAUCAUAAAUAUACCAAGGCCUAUGUGCUGAGGUAGGAAAAAACUA